AUGGACUUGGUUAAGGUUGGACAAUCCUACGUGGAUAAAAUUGUCACAGACACAGGCAUUAAGGUUCUUUUAUUGGAUGAUAUCACUUCUUCCAUAAUUUCCCUAGUGAGCACCCAAUCAGAAUUGUUGAACCAUCAGGUGUAUUUGAUCGACAAGUUGGAGAACGAGAAUAGAGAUACGAUAAAGCAAUUGGAUUGUGUGUGUUUCCUAUCAGUAUCAGAAAAAACUAUAAACUUGCUUGUUGAGGAAUUAGGAGCUCCCAAAUACAAAUCCUACAAGCUCUACUUCAAUAAUGUAGUUCCCAACUCAUUCUUAGAGAGGUUGGCGGAGAGGGACGAUUUGGAAAUGGUCGAUAAGGUCAUGGAAUUGUUCCUAGAUUACGACAUUUUGAACAAGAACUUGUUUUCCUUCAAACAACUGAAUAUUUUCAAUUCAAUUGAUGCUUGGAAUCAGCAACAGUUUCUCUUGACUUUAGCAAGCUUGAAAUCACUCUGCUUCUCCUUGCAAACGAAUCCUAUAAUCAGGUAUGAAUCUAAUAGUCGAAUGUGUUCUAAGCUAGCUUCCGAUUUGUCAUACGAAUUUGGGCAAAGUUCUAAAAUUAUGGAAAAGUUCCCGGUGAAUGAUAUCCCUCCUGUCCUGUUAAUUCUUGACCGAAAAAACGACCCAAUCACUCCAUUAUUAAAUCCUUGGACUUAUCAAUCUAUGGUACACGAGCUUUUAGGAAUUUUCAAUAAUACGGUGGAUUUAACGGGAACUCCUUCUGAUCUGCCCCCAGAUCUAAUCAAACUGGUAUUGAAUCCCUCUCAAGAUCCAUUUUAUGCUCAGUCUCUAUAUUUGAAUUUCGGAGACUUGUCCGAUAGUAUAAAAACAUACGUAAACGAGUACAAAGAAAAAACCGUCAAACACAAUUCUAAUGAAUUGACAGAUUUGAAUGAUAUGAAACACUUUCUGGAAUCUUUUCCAGAAUUCAAAAAACUUUCAAACAACAUUUCCAAACAUAUGGGCUUGAUUACAGAAUUAGAUAGAAAAAUCAACGAAAAUCACUUAUGGCAAGUGAGUGAAUUGGAACAAUCCAUAGCUGUUAAUGACAAUCAUAAUGCUGACCUUCAAGAACUAGAAAAGCUGUUGACAUCUCAAGAGUUCAAGAUUGCCAACAACUUAAAAGUUAAAUUAGUAUGUUUGUAUGCCAUACGAUAUGAACUUCAUCCCAACAACCAGCUUCCAAAAAUGUUGUCAAUACUUUUACAGCAGGGGGUGCCAGAGUUUGAAAUAAAUACAGUCAACAGGAUGUUGAAAUACUCGGGAAGUACCAAACGAUUGAAUGAUGACUCUGAAUCUUCGAUAUUUAACCAGGCAACAAAUAAUCUACUGCAGGGGUUCAAACAAAGUCAUGAAAACGACAAUAUUUAUAUGCAGCAUAUUCCAAGGUUGGAAAGAGUUAUCAGCAAGUUAGUGAAAAAUAAGCUACCCACAGCGCAUUAUCCGACUUUAAUCAAUGAUUUUUUGAAGAAGCAACGCCCUGUUUCUGAUCUAAAUGGAGCCAGGCUGCAAGAUAUUAUUAUUUUCUUUGUUGGUGGAGUCACUUAUGAAGAGGCCCGAAUAAUUAACAAUUUCAAUCUGGUGAACAAGUCUACGAGGAUAGUUAUAGGGGGAACUACAGUACACAACACGAAUAGUUUUAUGACUCAAGUUCUAGAAUUGGAGUAG